AGCGGGUCGCGGGAGGGCCCCCAGCGGGUCGCCCUGCAGGCCUCCGCAUCGCCCGCCCUCAGUUCCUCGCCUUCCUCGUUCCCGCUCGGUCCUCCGCGUCCUUCGUUCGUGUCCGCGGGUGUCCUUACGUUCCUUUGCUCCUCUUCACGCCGCUCGAGUCACCCGCCCGCACUGCUCUGCCAUGCGCACAAGAAUAUGGCUGACGGUAACCCUGCUGGCCCUCGCGAUGGAGGUCGUGUGGGGUGACCCCCUCGGCGGCGGCUCCUCGGGGAGGAACGCGGCCAAGCCCCGCGCCUCGGCCCAGAUCUACCCUCUGGCGGACCGGGAGGGCAACUCCCUGUACGCCCUGCCGCCCAAGCUCACCGGGGAAAUGAUCCAGAGCCUGGCCAGGACCCGCCACUGGAGGCCCUACCAGGCCAUCGGCACGUCGUACGACGUCGCGAGAAAACCAGGCCAGUCCAGCCACCGGGGAAGGAGAGAUGCCACCAGCCCAGUGUGCCCUGACGGCAAGGUGUUCCGCAGGGGCGUGUGCCAGUGCCCAUACCUCUCUGAGUGGGACGAGGACCAGGGGGCAUGCAUCUGCACCUAUGGCACAUAUCGCGACAGCAGGGGUAACUGUCACCCUUACUUGUAGACUGCAGGUCACUACUUGACAUGACAUGUCAGUAACAGGAUGGCAUGGAAACUACUGAAGUGUCAUGGAGUUUGGACAUUCCCUUCUAAAGAAUAGCAAAGCAACUUGAAUCUACAGGGACUUCUCGGUAGACUUGAAGAAUAUGCAAGAAUAACUCAGUCUUGUUACAUACCUUAUACAGGUCACACUAGUCCUGCUUAACAGGCUGGUUUGCUGUUAGGAACUCACUAACAUUGUUUUUCAACUUGAAAAAAUUAUAACAAACAAAGAGAUGUCUAAACAAACAGUUACAAUACAGUAAUUAUAUACUGUAUAUAUUAGAUGUAUCUGUAUGCCUAACUUAUAUAAGCACACAUGUGCAUGCGCGUGCACACACACACACACACACACACACACACACACACACACACACACACACACACACACACACACACACACACACACACACACACACACACACACACACACACACACACACACACACACACACACACACACAAAUGCGUAACAAACCACCAUUAUUUGUUAACUAUGUCAUAGGAUCUUGCUAUCUCCUCAAUGUUUUUCCCAUUUUUCACAUUUCUUCUCCAUUCCAAACUUCAUUCUAAUGGUUAAUCCACUUCUGUGUAUAUAUUCCAACUACAGUUUCUCUAUUUUAGCAUCUGAACUAAUCUUAUGCAAAAAUUAGAUUAAAUCAAGGUUAUGCACAUGCAGAUAAAACACUGAUAGAAUAAAAAAUCCUCAUUAUACUGUGCAAGAUCAGAGUUCCAACACAGCAUGAAAUACUUCCUUUUUAUUUCCCCUGUUUUUUUAAUUAAAUUAAAGUCAUUGUAUUGACUUACUAUACUAAAACUGAAAAUACAAACCAAAAUGAUGUGCCUCAUUAUCUCACUGAUUUCUGUUUUGUAUUCAAUUAGAAUAUAUAAAUAUAUAUAUAUAUAUAUAUAUAUAUAUAUAUAUAUAUAUAUAUAUAUAUAUAUAUAUAUAUAUAUAUAUAAUAAAUAUAUAUAUAUAUAUAUAUAUAUAUAUAUAUACAUAUAUAUAUAUAUAUAUAUAUAUAUAUAUAUAUAUAUAUAUAUAUAUAUAUAUAUAUAUAUAUAUAUAUAUAUAUAUGCAAAAGUUAUCAACUCAUUAAUAUCACUAAUUUGUCAUAUUCACCCAACAAUGAUUUUUAGGUUGAAACCUCUGAUACAUGUAAAAACUUAUUCAGUCCUUAAUAAAAAAAAGUUCAAUAAUAUUCCAGAAUCAGUUGUGAUUGUAUAGAGGAGCUUUAAUAUUAUGUAUAUUCAUUCAAUAUAUGCAUGUACCUUAAUGAUAUUAUAAGCCAGGUUUCAAUAAACGUAUAGCAUGAACCUUUUCACACUUAAUAAAUAUAGUCAGUCAUUGAUAACUUUACGCUUGAUUAUAAAAAAGGAAAAAAUGUAUAUUAGCUACUACAUGUAUGCAGCAUAGAGCAUAAUAUUUUUUUACUGUUACAGUAAAUGGUCAGUCAGCCAUAAUUAAUAUUCCCAAGAACCUUCUAAAAUUUAAUUUGAAAUUAUUUUUGACUAAUUAUCUGCCUAUGUUAUUUAUCUGAGUAAAAAAUAUAUAAAUCACAAUUUUACCCAAAUAUUAUGCUAAAUAUAUAUUACCUAUGUUAUUUGCCACUAAUACUGCCUUACACAUACAGAGGCAGGGCCUAAGUAAACAAAAUGAUACUAUGCAUAAAAAUAUGUAAAUUCAUAAUAAACUGCAUUUCAUUAUCUUUGUCUCUGCCAACCAAUUUACAAGCUAUUAACUCCAUUAUAUCUAUGUAAUAAACAAUGUAUUCAAAUAAUCAUUCAUGUAGAUGUAUCAAUAAAAUAAAAAUUUGACUCUGUA